CCGGGAUGCUGAGGGUGUGUGUGUGUGUGUGUGUAUACAGCAUCUGUGCUUCAUCAAAGACAUGUCCUAACAUUGGCUCUCUAAAUGUCUGAGCAGAACAACGACCAAUAUUUAUUUGGCUGAGCAACGCCAAACUGGCUCUGGGCUGACAGAAUCCCACUUCUGUGGGGCUGAUGAAGCCUGUCAUGGCUCUCAGGAGAAGACCGGGGACCAGAGCCAUUGUUUCAGAGCUCAUCCCGUCAGCCUCUAGCACUGCGGCUGAGGGAAGUGAAAAGCUCUCUGGAGAUGGAGUUGAUCCGGUUCCUGAAGAACUUGGACAAGAAAAACUAGACAUCAAACAACCCUCUCCUGUGCCAGCUAGGUACUGUCUAAGUGAUGGGUCUGAGGAUGACUCUAUCCAAGGCCAAAGCCAUCUUCAGCAGGACAGCAUGGAGGAAGACUCACUGUCCGAGUAUGAUAAUGUUGUAUCUGGUGAAGAAGAAGAAGAAGAAGAAGAAGAGGAACAUGAUUACGGGGAAGAUGAGGAACUGCAAACCGAAGCGGACAGGAUGACCUACUAUGUCCACUGUUGUCCUGAAGAUGAAAGCUACAUGGAAGGAAUGGACUGCCAUGAAGGUGCGGAUGGGGCUGAGAGUCCUGGCACGUCUCGGGAUGUCCAGGAGAGCCUUAAACCGGUGGAGGCUUGGGAACAUACAGAGGGCUUUUACAAGGUUCUGCAGCAAGACGCAACAACAACGGUCUACAAGCGUCCAGAGCCUAUCACGGAGACAACCUUCGUACAAGCCCCUAUGGCUGAGGACGAGGAGGAUGAAGAAGAGACAGAGGAAGAGGCAGAAGAAGAGGACAGUGAAGAAGAAGACAAUGUUGUUGUUUUUCACUACAAAGGGAAAGAAGUGGAGUUGAACAACAAUGAGAUCCCAAGGAACGGUACUGACGACUUUCCCAGAGAUGCCAGGAGUCGUCCUCAAGAGUCCAAUUCUGCUAAAGUGGGGCAAGAAACUGAUGCAGUUACCAACUAUAGAAGAAAUCAAGACAUCCCCAAAAACCCAAGGGAUGUCCCUCCAGGGUCAAGUUGUCCUCAUAGGGAUCGAAUAGAAAGGGUUCGGGAAGAGUGUGCUAGCGACUGUCCAAAAGAUUGUGAUGUCCCUGUGGUCAGAGAAAGUAGAGGAAACUCUAGACAAAGUUUCAGAUAUAGAGGACAUCAGUCGGAGAGAGUACACAAAAGAGACACUGCUUACCAGGACGGGAGCGGGGUCAGCAAUAAAGCUAAAUUCGCAGAUCCAGAGGAUAGAGGCAUUUGGAAAAAAAGACAUUUGCUAAAAUACUCCAGAGAGGACGACAGGGACGGAGAUGGGAAACUUUCACUCGAGCAAAGUAAAAGUCCUGGUGACAGCAAAAAUAGAGGGCAGGAACAUCGCGUUUGUAGUCACAAACCAAAGGGUGGAAAAGAGAGAAAGAGCAUUGGGGAUGUUGAGGAAGAGCAGAUUGAGAACGAAGUCAAGACCAAACUCAGAAUUGCUCCAAACAGCUCAGGGAGUAACAAAGGUGUUCCUGAUCAGACCAGUAAUGGGAAAGAGGCUCCUAACUAUUCCAGGACCUCUUCAACAUCAUCAGACAGGAGAAACAGCCAAUCCAGAGCCCAUGUUAAUACUCCUGUACAAUCCCCAGACAAACAGCUACAUAAAGACUUGGCCAAACCUGUUGAAACGGAGAAGACAAGGCCUAAUCAAGAACAGGUUUCUCCGAGUAGUUCAGAGGAAAGUAGUACAGGGCCACCAUCCGGACAAAAGAGACCGCAGGCCCAGAGAAAUCCCUCUUUCCCAAGCUUUGUGGAUAUCCCUGGUCCCUGUGAGCCAGAAGACCUCAUCAAUGGUAUCAUCUUUGCCGCAAACUACCUUGGCUCGACCCAACUGCUCUCCGACAGAAACCCAUCCAAAAGCGUUCGCAUGAAGCAAGCGCAGGAAGCUGUGGACUGCGUUAAGUCUACAGAGGGUGAAGCUCAGAGUUCAACAGAGAUCGACUUGUUCAUCUCAACCAAGGCCAUCAAGGUGCUCAAUGCUGACACACAGGAGACGCUGAUGGAUAGCGCCCUGCGCACCAUCUCAUACAUCGCAGACAUCGGUGAGGUGGUGGUCCUGAUGGCUCGCAGGCGUCUGUCCAACGCCUCCUCGCUCGACUGCACAGAUCCAGGCCUGGGCACAGAAAGCCGGAAGCAGUACCGCAUGAUGUGCUACGUCUUUGAAUCAGAGGAUGCCCAGCUCAUCGCACAGUCCAUCGGUCAGGCGUUCAGCAUGGCCUACCAAGAGUUCCUCCGAGCCAAUGGGAUCAAUCCCAAGGACCUCAGCCAGAAAGACUACAGCGAUAUCCUGAGCACGCAGGAGAUGUAUAAUGACGACCUCAUCCAUUUCUCCAACUCUGAAAACUGUAAAGAGGUUCGGCUAGAGAAGCAGAAGGGCGAGGUGCUGGGUGUGGUGAUCGUGGAGUCGGGCUGGGGCUCCAUCCUGCCCACCGUCAUCCUGGCCUGCAUGCUGAACAACGGCCCUGCCGCCCGCUCCGGCAGACUCAAUGUGGGCGACCAGCUCAUGGCGGUCAACGACACCAGUCUGGUGGGCCUGCCGCUCGCCACCUGUCAGGGCAUCAUCAAGGGCCUGAAGAACCACGUUCAGGUGAAACUAAGUGUCGUGAGCUGCCCACCUGUUACCACUGUCCUCAUAAAGAGACCCGACCUGCAAUACCAGCUGGGCUUCAGCGUUCAGAACGGCAUAAUCUGUAGUCUGAUGCGUGGAGGUAUUGCGGAGCGGGGCGGAGUGCGAGUCGGACACAGAAUAAUUGAGAUAAACGGACAGAGUGUGGUGGCGAUGGCGCAUGAGAAAAUCGUCCACGCCCUUUCAGUAUCUGUAGGAGAGAUUAAAAUGAAAACUAUGCCUGCCGUCAUGUUCAGGUUGUUAACUGGUCAAGAGACUCCGGUGUACAUAUGAGGAAUCAUAAAACUGGGACUUGUCCUGCAGCUAAAACCAAGGUUUACAGCUUCCUCCGAAGAAAAGCUGGAAAAUGUUGCAGAGCUCUGUCUUGCUGUAGACUGCAUGUAAAGAUCAUUAGAAAGAGUGCGAACAUAAACACAGAGAAAACCUAGCCACUUAAUGACCUGAUCAAAGGAGCGAUGUCACUUGCUUUUUAAUGCAGUUACACACGUACAGUCUUCCAUGCCUGACUUAUUAGCUUGUAUAUACAGUACAGACCAAAAGUUUGGACACACCUUCUCAUUCAAAGAGUUUUCUUUAUUUUCAUGAAAAUUGUAGAGUCACACUGAAGGCAUCAAGGGCUAUUUGACCAAGAAGGAGAGUGAUGGGGUGCUGCGCCAGAUGACCUGGCCUCCACAGUCAUCGGACCUGAACCCAAUCGAGAUGGUUUAGGGGUGAGCUGGACCGCAGACAGAAGGCAAAAGAGCCAGCAAGUGCUAAGCAUCUCUCGGGGAACUUCUUCAAGACUGUUGGAAGACCAUUUCAGGUGACUACUUCUUGAAGCCAAGAGUGUGCAAAGCAGUAAUCAAAGCAAAAGAAGAACCUACAAUAUGACAUAUUUUCAGUUGUUUCACACUUUUUUGUUAUGUAUAUAAUUCCACAUGUGUUAAUUCAUAGUUUUGAUGCCUUCGGUGUGAAUCUACAAUUUUCAUAGUCAUUAAAAUAAAUUAAACUCUUUGAAUGAGAAGGUGUGUCCAAAUUUUUGGUCUGUACUGUAUGUUAAAUGCCUUUGGGUUAAGCUUUUUUUUUUUUUUCUUAAUUAACAAAAUACUUUUACAUUAAAAAUACCAAGUGACUGCACUAAAGUACACUAAAUCAGUAAAGUAGGGCAUUAUCAAUAGAUUACAUUUUUAACAAUACUCAUUUCACACUCAAAAAUGUACAAAUGGACUAAAGCAUGCUAAAAUCCAAAGAUAUCUGUUCCAUUUGCUGAAUAGACUGCAUUUUAGUUGAUCUGGCUGUCUUCAGUGUCUCUGUGAUAAAUGGGUGCUGUACACUGUGAAUGAACUAUUUCUGUAGAUUACUAGUUCAGCAUGCUGGAUCUGAAGACUGAAAAUAUAUCUGAAAAUAUUCAUCUGAAAA